AUGAUUCAUAAAGAGCACGCUCUUUCUCAUUUGAUUGCACGCACCAAAGCUGCAAAUGAAAAAGAAACCGUGAAAUUUGCCCGACUUAAAGACGAUCUGGAGCUCAGCUUUUUUACCGCAACUUUUGAUGAAAGACCUGAAUCGACCUUUGUAAUUCAUGGCUACUAUCUGGAGGAACACGAAGCGGAUGAUGGAAACAGUGCAAUCUUUGAGAUUAGUCAUCGCAGUCAAUUCCGCUCGGAUCGGCAUGAACAUAGCAUCAAAUUCCGAGUGGAUCGCGAGGAUUCGAGAAAAAAAUGGCCAAACGCUUUAAAUCGAGCAUUAACGACAACUAAAGAA